AUGAGCACCGACAUGAAAUAAAUAUGCCAAGACAUUAUAACUUAGAAGAAUGAUUUAAAUAAAAUUAAUGAUUUGCUUAAAUUUGCACUCUCUAACGAUCAAGGCGAUUAAGAAGAAGCAAUUAAGUAUUUAAGAAAGGUAUUUAAGCUCUUCAUUAAAGGAAAGAAGCUUAUAGAAUUUAAGGAUUUGACAUCUUUUGAAAUCUAAGUCAAUAACACUUAGUAUGAAGUUUUCUAAGAAUUUUUAAAAAAGAAGUUUAUUGCCUACGUUGAAAUUUUAAAAUCAAAUAUUUUCUCUACUCGUAUUGGAGAGAACAUCAAGGAAUUGAGUUUAAGAGUUCUUUUUGAGUUAUCUCGCUACCACUUUGAAAGCAUUCGCAAUUCAUAAAAUAUGGAUUAUUCUGACUAAACUAUGCUUUAUGAUAUUAUGUUUAGCAUUAUUAGUGAAAUAGAUAAAUUUGAUGACAUUCUCUUUGUGCUUAUUGAAUAUAUCUAAAAUUAUCCUGAUUUUUCAAUUGCUAUAUUGAAAAUACUAUCAAAAAUUACAAAGAAAACCUCUUCUACAGAUAUUGAUAUGCAAUAAAAUAUUAUUACAUUCACUUAAUACAUUCCUUCACUUGAAAACUUAGAAUUCAACUCCCUAUUUCUUCAAUUAGAAGCUUAGAAGAAAAAAGUUGAUUUGAUCAAACGUAAAGCUGCUUACGAUAUUGAUAGAGAUGGUAAAUAAAUUGAAAAACCAGAAAUCGAUUAAGAAUUAUAUUUAAGAAAGUGGAAAGACAGCUUCUCUGAAUUUAUAUUUUCGAUUAUUUAGAAGUUAAAAUAAAGCAAUAAUUAAUAACUUUUACUAAAUUUUAUAUCUGGUUUCAGUAAAUAUAUAUUCCAUAAGAUGGAAGAUCCUCUUCUCCUCGCUAAUUUCUUAGUUGAUGUUUUUGAUAGCACAAAAGAUUUCAAUAUGCAAAUUAUAAGUUUGUCUUAGUUAUUUAUUUUAAUUGGUAAACAUUAACUUGAAUAUCCUAAAUAUUACCAUAAGCUCUUCUCUCUUUUCGAUCAAAACGAGAAAGCUAACUAAAGAAACUAAACUAUUUUCUUAACUUCUCACACUCCUAAGUUCUUAAAAUUAGUGGAAACCUCUUUAAAAACAACUAAACUCUCUCAUAAAAUAUUAUCAUCUUUCAUCAAAAAAAUAUUGAGAGUCGCUAUGGUCCAUCCUCCAAACAUCCUUUUAUGGGCUGUCUCAUUAACCAUCAACAUUAUAAAAAAGAACCCUACAUUGGUUGCCAUGCUUGAUACUCAAGAAUUGAAAGAGAAAAUAUAAGAUUGCUUUAUCCCUGACUAAAAAGAUUUAGAUAAUUGCUAGGCCUAAGAAUCUUUCUUAUGGGAAUUAAAAUCUAUAAAAAACCAUUACUUAAAUGAAGUUGAAAAAAUGGUUAAAGUCUUAGGUACAAAAUUAGACGUAGCCUAAUUUAUAGAAUUAGAAAGCUUUACCGAUGUACAAUAUGACCACUUUAUCCGCUUAUAUAUAGAUGCUGCUAAAAAUAAAAAAGUUACUUUCCCUAUAGAAAAUAAAAUCGAAAACAUUCAAUAACUUUAACUAAUCAACACAACUUUAUUUGAAUGA